AUGUUGAAAAUAUUUUCUCUGUUGAUACUCUUCGUGGUUGUUAAAAGUCAUCAGGGAAAGAUUAAAAAUGAAGGAGACGCUCAAACAGCUUUGAUGCCACAAGAAUUAAAUCCGGCGUUUGCAUCGGAUAAGAGCCCGGAUGAGUACACCGUAGACUAUACUGGCAGAUACGCCGAACUCGCCUCCCCCGUACCAUCUCAUGUCGACAUAGACGAACUUGUCGCAAAAGAAAUUAACCAUACAAAAGUAAAUAAUGAUGAUACAUUAAAUGAAACUCAAGUUACAUAUAAUAAAACAGAGAAAUCUAACACUAUUGACGUGCACAACGAUGUGAUUGAAGAAAUAGAUGAAACUAAUAUCACUGAUAUAACUCAAGAGCAGAACGCUAUAAAGAGUUUUUAUGACGUUCUCAUACUGCCGUUAGAAAAAAUUCUAUCAUCACCAAAGAUAAAUACAGUCCUACAUAAUAUAGGGACUUGUAUAGUGAAUGGGGUCAUGGAAAUUGUGGCACACUAUUUCCCAGCUCCAUUAAUUCCAUUGAUAGCUACUGCAGCCGGAAUGGUGAUACCAUUUGAACCAAUCGUGAUGCUGCGACGAAGAAUGCCAGUAACUAGCUACAGACGAGCAUUCAAGACCGCGGUAAAUGGAUUUCUGAACACAUUCGAUACUUACAAAGUAGAUAAUUACGAUGAAGACCCAUAUAUGACUAGAAGAUUUAAUAGAAGAUUCAUGAAUGAUAUCUCAAAGGAAAUUAAAAAAGAUGACACUUGA